AUGGCUUCCAACGACCUGAGGGGGUGGGUCAUGAGCAUUGUCUCGGGCAUCGCCUGCGUUCUCGGUUCAUCCAUAAUCUGCGUCGAUGUGCUGGUGCGAGUGGUUUCCCGCCGCAAGAGCUUCCAGAUUGCCAACAGUAGUAACUUCCUGUCGGCAUCGCUAUGCCUGAGCGCUGGCGUGAUGCUCUUCACUUCCCUGUAUAGCAUGCUUCCCAAUUCGAAGCAGUACCUCACCCGCGCCGGCUUCUCCCCCUCCGUUUCGGCCUAUAUCCUUAUUGGUCUGUUCAUUGCCGGGGUAGCAGGGAUCCAAGCCGUGUCCGGCUUUGCACAUAAAUUUAUUCCAUCGCAUGUCGUCGAUUGUGCGCAUACUCACGGCGAGUCGGAGGAUGAUCCCGAACGCGGCGAAAGCCAAGUCGAAGACGAGUUCGACCACACACACCGUCAUAAACAAAGCAUGAACGAGAACACAGAGCGGACACCGCUCCUGCGUCCCGCGGAACAUCCGUCAUUCAAGUCCACCCCGGCGGUGGUACAACGAAGCCAGCACACCGAGCCACCUAGGCGUCGCGAGACCACGCGGGCCAUGCUCACACGCCGGAUCUCCUCGCUGAUGGGUGUUAAGCCUACCUGCGAUGAAAACGGACCAUGCUUCGGCGUCUCUCAAACCUGUGGGCGCGAAUGCACCAAAGUCCUACCACCAUCCGCCAAUGAGAUCCCUCGGCCUGAUCUAAUUCACCGAGAAAGCAUGUCUGCGCCUCUCGAUGCUGAAAUCUCUCAAGCCGAGCGCGAUCUUGGCACAAAUUUUCAGCCCUCGGAUGGAGGUUACUUUGACAACAUAUCCGCCCAACACGCCCUGCCCCCAGUUGCUUCAUCCGCCUCGUCGCAGAUAGUGUCACAUGCUGUUCCUCCCCCGCAUCUGGGCCGUGACAUCUCCCACGACUCCCACGAUCAUGAGGACGAGCCUGACUCUGAGCGCCCCAAAUCUGCACCUGGAAAUCCUCACCAUCACCACGUUCCCCAGAACGCUUUCUUGUCCAUCGGACUGCAGACCUCGCUCGCGAUCGCCUUGCACAAGCUGCCCGAAGGAUUCAUCACCUAUGCCACCAACCACGCGAGCCCAACUCUUGGGUUUACAGUGUUUUUGGCUCUUUUCAUCCACAACAUCGUGGAAGGAUUUGCCAUGGCCCUCCCACUAUACCUGGCUCUGAACUCCCGCUGGAAAGCCAUGUUCUGGUCUAGUCUUCUUGGAGGCAUUAGCCAGCCAGCCGGUGCCGGCAUAGCCGCUUUCUGGAUCUGGAGUACCGGCCAACGCGGCAGUGGAGAUGAAACAGGUCCUUCAUGGGGCAUAUACGGCGGUAUGUUUGCUGUGACAGCCGGUGUUAUGACCUCAGUUGCGUUGCAGCUUUUUAGUGAAGGGCUGGGCCUGACACAUCACCGUGGCAUUGGUAUCGGAUUCGCUGUUGCAGGCAUGGGGCUUAUGGGACUGAGCUUUGCUUUGACUGCAUAA